AUGAAGAUGUGCUUUGUGACCGUGGGAGCCACAGCCUCCUUUAAGAAACUACUUGAACAAGUGCUCAGCUCGCAAUUCCUCGAGAUUUUGGCUAAGCGAGAAUACACCCAUCUUCUUGUCCAGUAUGGUAAAGAUGGCCAACAAAUAUUCCAAAGCUUUGUCGACAGUGAGCAACCGUGCCACGGCAUCACUCUUGGGGGAUUCGACUUCCAGCCAAGCAUUGAUGACUACUUGAUGAUGACCGUGGAAAGAGAGCGCCAUGAUCAAAAGCGCGGCCUGAUUAUUUGUCAUGCUGGAACUGGGACUGUGCUGGCAGGACUUCGCCUCGGCACACCCUUGAUUGUGGUUCCCAAUACAGACCUUGCCGACAAUCACCAGCAGCAGCUUGCUGAUGUGCUCGAGGAGGGCAACUACGUCAUCAGUAGUUCGGUCCAGGACGUGGGCAGUGCCAUUGCCAGGGCCGAGGCUCAGAAAACUAAGAUAUUGUCAUUGCAGCCUGGGAAUACAACUCUUAGGGAGAGCAUGUCUGACGAAUUGGGGUUUUUGGAUUGA